GAUGCAAGAGACAAACUGAAAUAAUGGCGUCAAGAAACGGGCGAAACAAACUCGUUUGCGGAUGACAGGUCUAAAUAUGUAAUGUUUCUGUGUGGGCAGACAGGAGAGAUAUUUUUAUGUUAAGUUUUCUUGGUAGAAAGAAAGAAGAUGGCUUCAAUCAUCAAAAACCAAAUUCUAAAACACUUAUCCAAGUUCACCAAGAACAUGUCUCCAGACAAGAUUAACCUGAGUACAUUGAAGGGAGAAGGUGAACUGUCUAACCUGGAGCUGGAUGAGACGGUUCUAAUGGAGCUCCUAGACAUGCCAACAUGGAUGAAGUUAUCUAAAGCUGUCUGCAACAGACUGUCCAUUAAGGUACAAUGGACAAAACUCAAGUCCCAGCCUCUGUGUUUGUACCUAGAUGAGGUUGAAUUGGAGAUAGAGACCUGUAACACACCACGCCCCCCUAACAGCCCCGCCCAUGUGGCUAGCUACAGAAGUGGGGGGAAGUACGGCUUCGUGGACCGAGUCAUCGACGGAAUGUACGUCCACAUCAACUCGGUGCUUGUCAAAUUCAUCUCCAGGAAAUUCCAUGCAUCUUUACAGUUGUCAAGGGUCAAAGUUCAAAGUGUGACACCUAACUGGAAGCCUUCAGAGGACCUUGGGCCAACAAAAAUCCGCGACACAACAAGAGGACAGAUCCUGUUAUUUAAGGAGUUUGAUUGGCAGACAACGAGGAUAGAAGCCACCGCUGUAGAAGGGGAAACGUCUGAGACCUUUCUGACCACGCCCCUCAGGUUCAUAGCCAACCAAUCAAAAAUCAGAAUCACCAUCAAAAAGAGGCUCAGUGAUUGUGGAGUUAUUUCUACACGGGUGAUGCUCCUGCUUGAUGAUCUACUGUGGGUCCUAACGGACACUCAACUGAAGGCAGCCAUCUUGUAUAUCAACUCACUCAAGGACAUGAUAGAGAAAUCCAGAGCACAAAGCAAAAAUAAUGCAGCAGAGGCAUUAGAUAUACAAGGUUUGACCUCCCUAUACAGUGACAACUCUGAGUCCCAGAGACCGCGGAGUCAGUCUAAUCCUUCCCACGUCUCCCAGCUGUUUGAGCGAUUUGACGUGCAGACGACAUCUUAUCAUGUGAUCAGCAGCAGGAUUGACCUUCACCUUUGUGAUGACAACACCACAGAUACUAAAAACAUUCCUGGACACAACAGUCAGAUAGAGGGAGGGGCCAUGCAGGUCAUCAUCCACAAACUGUCUGUAGAUAUCUACCCUUUCUUCCCAGCAGACGAGGAUCUGAUCAUGUCUCAGGGGGGAGAAAGGAAGAAUUGGUACAGAUACACUGACAACCAAGGAUCCAGAAACCCUUGGGUCCAGCAACUGUUCUCUGCUUUCAAAAAACAGGCCUCCAAGGCUCGAGAAACCAUCAAUAUAGCCUCCCCUUCCCAGUCACCCGCUCACGCGCCAACCAAUCAAAAAACAGAAAACACAGCAGCCAAUCAAAGUAAAACCUCCCCUGCCAGACCACCCCCUCCUAAUACGGGUCAAGGUCAGGGGUCACCUAACGUUAGAAGAAAGCGCUCCACCAAGCUGUUGGAGAGUUGUUACGUGGUGAAGAUAGAGGAGUUUACCAUUUAUCAAGUGUCCACUGCUGACAACAAGAGGAACAACCCCCAGAAGUUCCUGAGCUCUGACAAGAAGCAGCUCCACCUCCCCCCGGACAUGUCAGUGGUGCACGCUGAAUACACCGAUUAUUUCUUUCCAGAGGAUAUUGACUUUCCAGUUCCCCAUGCCAAUCUGUACGUCCUCCUGAACCCAAUCCGACUCAAUGUAGACUGGUUAACAUUGCUCUGGGCCAACUUCUUCAUGCUCAACCUCUCCAAAAGCAUCGAAACAAUUGAAGUAGAUGAUGCCCCAUUAGAGCAUGUGGACACCAAAGUGGAGGCUAUUAUGCCAAGGAUUGUCGUUCCCUUUGAUGAGAAGUGUGAAUUACCAGACUUCCCAAGCAGCGUACAGCUCCAGAUCUCCAGAAUGUGUGCCACCAACACCAGAGUCGAUGGACCCUUCUCACGAGACAGUCUCUCUGACAUUAUAAAUAAUUAUGCAGCUUCCCCGCUAUUCUCUACCCAAAAAUUCCCCAAUGACAACAACAGUUUGAGAGCCAUUCCUGAAGCUUUUAACACUCAUGCCAGAAAUUUGGAGAAUCAUUUCCUAGAGAAAAGAGCUUUGGAUUUGUUGAAUGGGCAUGCUGUGAAAAUUUCUCAGGAAGAAGUGAAUAAAAUCUGGAAGUCGAACACUCUAAAACAUGAUGCUAGUUAUGAUAUGUGGUGCUGCCAUGCAGAGCAAGUGUGGUUAGAGUUUCUAGGAGCUUCUAGUGUGAAGAGCAGGCCUCUUCCAUUUGUGGAAUCUAUUCCUUUGUCUCUUUGGAUCUCAAAAGCCCAACCCAAGGCUGGAAAGGAGGGUGAUAAAUUAGAUAAGGAAUCCAGACUACCUAAUGGUGACAGCGAUUCGUUAGGAGAGAAGUCAGACAGAGGAGAUUACUCCGAUCCCGACAGAGAGAAGCGACAAACUCGCCAAUUAUUGAAGGACUAUUAUUCUGAUGAGAGUGUAACUACAUCUGAAGAGUCAGAAACCAGUCAAUUCCCAGGAUUUCCAUCUACAUGUGAUACUGAACAUGAUGCCAAAGAUGAUAAUGUGCAAUAUUCUGCUUUGAGGGUAGCUGAUUUUAAUGUGGUGGCAAAAAUUGGUCCCGGUCCCCUCAGAGCCCAAAUGACCCACUCUCAAUAUAUCUUCCUCAUGCGUCUCCAAGAGUCUUUCACUAUAUUCCAGACACAAAUGAAUGCCGAUGUUAGUCAUUUUAUAACAACAGUAUCGCCGGCGGUGACGUUCUCCGUUCCCCUGAUGUUAUCGGAACUGGAGUUUGCCAUGCUGUGUCCCAUGGUAGUAGAGAACCCUGGGAUACCAGUGACCUUCAUCAGUCCCCCGACCUCUACCAGCGGACAGGAAGAUCUGGUGGAUGAGGUGAUAGAGAAGGAGGAGUCCACUGUUAGUGACUCUAUAGCAGUCAACGAAAGUCAAGAUGACUCAUCCAACAGGAGUUUUCCUAUAGUUGAUAUUGUGGAUCUUUCUCAUCACACUCUUGGGAAGUCGUACAGUGAAUCCAAUGUUCAGAACUUUGCUCCUGAUUCCAGCCACCCAUCCCUAACUCACACUGUCCUGGAGAACAAUCUACAGUCUCGAAUAUCUCAGUCAACUCAAGCGCUCGGCUCCGUGGGGCGGGAAUCCGGAUACGGGUCACUUUCUGAGGCUCCAGUUCCACAAAGUAAGAAACUUUUACCCAAGACAACAGACUUGAAAAAGUUCACUUCCAAAAUGUCAGGGCUAGCAGACAAGAUAAAAGCCAAGAUGGAGAACCUAGGAGAAGAUAGCACCCCAGACAGUCUGGAUAGCAUGUCUAUCAGAACAGACAGUUCUGAGGACGAUUUUGAGGAAUUGUCAUUGGACGAUGUAGAAGUCCCAGCAUUCCAGAAAGCUCGACCAAUCAGUGAGUCCCUUUCUACAGAUACUGAGGCAGGAGAUGAUCUGUCGUCCUUCUGUGCUGAGCAAAAUGCAGCUGAAGCCAGGGGCAAAGAAACAGUUUCUGUGGUUCUGUUCAAACUGACCUCGUUAGAGUUGUUGUUACAAGGAGAUGGGGAUGACGUAGCAGCCAGAAUCCAGGCUCAGCAGCUCCUGACUAUCCAGCCAGGCAACAUGAUAUACGACACAUUCCAUCAAAAGUUCCUCUCCCCCUCAGGUUUCUUUGGUCAGGAGAAACUGUUUACCCCGGUCUCUGAGCCCGCCGUGAAGCUGAAGUUUACCACUGGACCCGGGUCAAAGCAGGAAUCCUGUCCCGGGUCAGAGGAGAGCUUCCUGUCUGUCAAGGCCCACAACUUUGGAUUACAUUUUAAAUCCUCGAGUCUGAACAUGCUUACAACCUUUGUGGAGGACGAUAAACCUUCUGAAUCUGUACCCAUGCACGUGGAUGUUUCAAAUUUUAUGCUGAUUUUACAAGAAGAUGUACUGCCCCCAGGAUUUCCUAACUUACCAGAGCCAACCCACAUUCAGAUUCAUUCCCUGACCAUAACCAGGGGGAAGGAUGGAGUCAUGCACCUCAAUCAAAACAUGAUUCCUGACAAAAAUCGAGAAGACAAGGACCUAAAUGGAGAGGUAGAUGAACUGAAAGGUGAGGUGCAGGUCUUAAAGCAGAGUAACUAUGAGGAGUGUCUCAGUAUACGAUCGAUAAAGUUGAGGUUACAGGAGCUAGAGGUCGAGAACAGAUUGCUACGGGAGGAAAACAGGAAAACCUCCUCACGAUCUAACCCUGAGUCUGAGUCUGUGACGGAGGUCAAACAGCUGCUGGAAACUUACACCACAGAAAACGCUCGACUGAUCGAGAGAAUCGCAAACCUAGAGGAUGAGCUCCUGUCAGUGACCAAGGAGAAGAAUUCCUUUAUUGAGACUCUGGCGUUACUUCAGGACGAGUUGAAUCUCUCAGAGAGAAGGCGGCAUGAUUCAGAUAAAUAAAGCUCAGCGCAAUAUUGUAGGGAGGUAAUGUUUAUUUUACCAGAGGCAGUACAUGUAUGUGUAUGUGUUAUAAUAGGUGAUUAUUUUUUUAUAUCAUUGAAAUAGUUAUAAAUUUUGAUAGCAUGUAUAGAAAGUAAAUAAUUGAUUUUUAAAUACAUCUUAACUAGUGUGGUUGUAAACACAAAUACUGUAUAUUGUUGUCUUAGAGUGAGUGGUAUCUAAAUAUUUUCAAUAUGUUAUGAUAUUGAAUGAGAACAUUUUAAAUUGCUAAUGUUGCUUACAAACUCAAAGACUUAAAAGUCAUAUGCAAUAGGUUUUGUCAUAAUAAUGAGGGAUAUAUCUGGACAGUUGCCCAAUAAUAUUUACUUUGUGUCAAUUUACUUGUACAUUGAAGACGUGUAGAAUAAUUUUGUGCCACUUCAAUGAUUUCGUUCUUAGAACUUACCUGAUGUUUUCCUCUGUUUAAGGUACAUGUAGUUAUGACUUUGAUAGUGUCUAUACAUUUUUUCAUUUCUAGAGUGCAAAAUUAUUCUUGAUCAAAAAUAACGAAAACUAAAGCAGAUUACCCACCUCUUAUUAAAAGUCAGUUAUCAGUAGUUUUAUUUUAGAAUAUUUAUUUAAUUUCCUUUUGUCUCCAACAGAAACAGCUGCUGAAGCUUACUUUUUUAGGUGUUGAGACUUUGGCAAAUCAAACAGGCAAUUUUUUUUUCAGAAGGAAUCAAAUUUUACUGCUUUAAAGUUCAUCGAGACUCUGUUAAGGGAGAUAACUCUCUCUAGGAUUUAUAACUGAUAAUCCUUUUAAAAUUGUCACGUUUUUCCUUUGAUAGAAAAUCAUUAUAAAUCAAACAAAACUUUGAAAACCUGAGCAUAUGAAUGAUGAAUUUCAGUUUGAAUUAGACUGCAAUGUUUGUUUGUCUGAUAAUGCUUUAUUGAGAUAUUCAUACUGGCCAUAUCAUGCAGGUAUUUGGUUUUUAUUAGUUUUAGUUAUUUUGAUUUUUAUUGAACACUUGUAGCAGUUUCCAGGAAUUAUUUAUGUGUAAUUAAAAAUUUAGUUUCAUGAUUACCUGGAAGGUUCAUCAUUGAGAAUUAUAAUGAUUUUAUUUUAAAUACUUGAUGCCAUUCUAGGUUACUGAUGUAAAUAAUCUCAUUUGUGAAAUUGUUUUCUGUUUUCUAAACUUGUCAAAUAAGUUAAUGUAUGUAUGUACCCUUUUUUUCUCAGUUUUAUGAUAGUGCUUAUAUUUGUACAUUUACUUUAUAGCCUAUAGUAUUUAUUAAAGUGACACAACUGUACCUCUGAUAAUUAACCAUUGAACACAAAGGUGUGAUAAAUAAUCCAAAUCUUUAUCAUAUAGAAUAUCCACCAAGCCCUUGGCUUACUGUAUUUUUGUGCAGGUUAUAUUUUUCAUGUUCUUCUUGUCUCUAUUUGUCUUGUUGCUUUUUGAUUUUUCUGUUUUACUUGUCUUAGUUAUUUAUUUGGUCGCUUUUGGUGCUCUUCCCUGUACAGUUUAAUAUGAGAAAUGGAUAUAUUCCCUGCUUUGUGUCAGCUUUCUGUGAUAUUUUGGGUGACUUCCCUUAAAAGAAAAAUCAAUAAGGCAUUGGUAUGGUGCUUGGUAUAUUUAUUAAGAAACUUUGUACACUUUGUUAUAUUGGCAAAUUUUAAAAUUUAUUAUGCAAGAAAGUGAAAAGAAUUCACAAAAACAGAGUGUGACUGGAAAUCAUCUAGUUCUCAAGACAUUUUUCAGUUUUUGAAUGACAUAAAUUGAUGUAUAUUGCUCAGUUUGUGCAAAUGUUAUACAUGUAUAACAGCAAUAAAGCCCAGUAGUGAUAACAGCAGUGACUUAAUUAAGCAAGUACUUCUUCCUGCCAUUUGUAGCUCAGAAUCAUUUUCCCACAGAUUUUAAGCAAAAUAUAAAUAGCAUUUUUAUGAUUUUUUUUUUUUUAGAACUUGUUGCUAGUCAAUGAAAUGAAAAAAGCAUGAUUACACUUGUAUAGUAAAUGUGUGAACGUGUUUAUAGGCAUUAACAUACAAGUUACUAGUGACUGCAGAUUCUGUCAUUUUCAUUGUGGAAUAAAAUUGUAAAAUGCACACUUUAGUGAGAUUGGCUUGAAUGAUAAAAUAAGAAAGGGUAAAGAAAAUGUAAAUUCCAGACAAAUUUAGUAGAUUUCAUUACAAAGUGCAAAUGAUAGCUACAAGCACUAUAAAAAGUGAAUACAGUAUUAAUUUUAAAGCUUACUAAAAGUUAAGACCUAUAUUCAUGUAAACAAUACAUGUAUAUUGAAUGGCGAGGAAGAGAGUACAACAUUUUGCUAUAUGUGUUGUUAAUAAUCAUUUCUUAUGGGUAGUAUCAUUAAUUUUGUAGUUUAGACACUUUAGCAAAGUAGUUUGACAUUGUCUGCAGGUAGUAAUAUACCUGUAUGACUGCAUACCUAUUUAUAAUUUACCAAGUUCUUGUCAUUUCAACACUGGUAUUUAGAAGAGUGCUUUCUUCUCCGAGCCAAAGUUUGUAAAAAAAAUUUUCUUUGUUAUACUUUGUUAUAUAUAUGAAGGUCUUUGUUAUUCAUAUAUAGGUACUUACUG